GCCAUAGGUUCAGGUUCAGCACUUGUGCUCGAGUGGGCAGUUUUGCAGUAGCAGAGGAGAUCGAUCAAUCAAUCGAGGAUCAGCGGCGAGGAGGAGGCGGCGGCGCCGCUGCUGCUGCUGCCGGCGGCGGCGGCGGCGGCGGAGGAGAGGUGCCCGGGGUGCGUGCAGGAGCAGAGGAAGGCGAGGCGCGGAGGGCGGAUCCCCUACACGGAGCUCUUCUUCGUCGCCGUUACCACACUCGCUUCGUCUUUACCAAUCACGUGCCUCUUCCCUUUCCUCUACUUCAUGGUAAGGGACCUGCAAGUAGCACAAACAGAGGAGGACAUUGGGAAUUAUGCUGGAUUUCUCGGUGCUUCAUACAUGGUCGGUAGAUCCUUUGCCGCGAUCUUUUGGGGUGUUGUGGCAGAUCGUAUAGGAAGGAAACCUGUCAUUAUGUUUUCAAUAUUGUCUGUGGUCAUAUUUAACACACUAUUUGGACUAAGUACAAAGUAUUGGAUGGCACUUACUACAAGAUUUGUUCUAGGUGCUCUAAAUGGUUUACUUGCGCCAAUAAAGGCUUAUUCUAUUGAAGUUUGCCAAACUGAACAUCAAGCUCUUGGACUCUCCAUUGUUAACACAGCAUGGGGUUUGGGUCUGGUUGUUGGUCCAGCUCUUGGAGGCUACCUUGCACAGCCUGUUGAAAAAUAUCCACAUAUAUUUUCUAAGGAGUCAGUUUUUGGUAGAUUUCCAUAUCUCUUACCUUGCCUUGGUGUAUCAUUGUUUGCUGCUAUUGUUCUAAUAAGUUGUAUUUGGCUUCCGGAGACUAUACAUAAACAUAAAUCUCCUGAAAAGGACAUCAAAAGAAUCAAAGAAUUGCCAUUACAGCAGGCUUAUUGGGAUUCACCUCGCAAGAAAAGCUUGUUGCAGAAUUGGCCAUGGAUGUCUACUAUGAUUUCAUAUUGUUUUUUUGGUCUUCAUGACACAGCAUAUAGUGAGAUACUAUCCUUGUGGGCUGUGAGUGAUAGAAAAUAUGGUGGCCUUAGCUUUUCAUCUGAGGAUAUUGGUCAAGUUCUUGCUGCUGCAGGUGCCAGUCUCCUAGCAUAUCAGCUUAUUUUUUACCACUGGGUUCAUAAAUUUCUUGGACCAAUCAUUUCAUUACGGAUUGCUUCUGCUCUAUCUAUACUUAUUCUUUCUACUUAUCCUUUUAUGACAUACCUUUCUGGCACGGGACUUUCGUUUGCUCUUUAUUCAGCGGCAAUGAUGAAAAGUGCUCUUGCAAUUACUAUAAGCACAGGAAUUAGUCUUUUACAGAACAAUGCUGUGCUUCAAGAACAUAGAGGCACUGCAAAUGGUGUAUCAACAACAGCUAUGUCAUUUUUCAAGGCAAUUGCUCCAGUAGGGGGAGGAGUUCUCGAUCAAUGCUCAAUUUUCAAUUCAGAUUCUCAUGGGCGCAAAAACGUCAGGAUGCCUUCUUCUUUCCAGGUGAUCAAGUGGUGUUCUUGAUGCUCAACGUUGUGGAGCUCAUUGGACUUAUAUUUACUUUUGAGCCUUUUAUGGUGUUACCUGCGGCAUCAGAUGAGUGUAGUUAGCCAAGUGCAGAGGGAUUGCUGCUUAUUAAUAAAUUUGUAACAGUAACAAUAUUUGACACUUGCUAAUGGACCGAUCAGCGAUGAAGCGUAGCCGCCAAGGUAGGUGGCAUGCUUGUCUACCUAAGAUUGGAUUUGUCAUCAUGGUGUACUGAUUGCAUCUGGACACUGUGAUUAGUUUGUGAACAAAACAAAAGUUUAAAGUAGUUUAUAUAAGGAAAAAGUACGAAUUACCCUCUUGAACUAUCGCGGUAGUCCGAAUUACCCCCCUGAACGAUAAAACCGGAUAUUCUUCACCCCCAACUAUACAAACCGGACGAAUUACCCUCCUCGACCUAAUCCGCGGUGGUUUUGGUCUACGUGUCGUACAUAUGGCAGUUCAGUCAGCAUUAUAUAUAUAUA